CGCACAUUGAACAAAUACUGUGUGCAUGUGAGAGAGAGAGAGAGAGAAAGAGAGAAGGAAAUGGCGAUGCUCAUCCUCCGAGUUCCACGGGUGUUUCCUUUGGCUCCAACUGUUCUCUUAUGGCGUUCGAGAUUUCCCAACCUCGUUUAUGAUGUAACAGUAGCAACUUCCAUGCCUCUCCCUCUCCUUUACUUUUCUAUUCUGUACCGUAGAAAUGGCGUCUUAUCCUUCUGUUCGAGUUCGCAAAACCCCACGGAAACCACCGUACUUAGCUCAGAUGAAACCUCAAAAGGGAGCCCUCUGAAGUCUGGUUUAUACCUUGUAGCAACACCAAUUGGCAACCUUGAAGACAUUACCUUACGUGCUCUGCGCAUCUUAAGAUCAGCGGAUGUUAUACUUUCAGAGGACACAAGACAUUCAGGAAAGUUGCUUCAGCACUACAAUAUUAAGACCCCCCUUCUGAGUUAUCAUAAAUUCAAUGAAUCUCAACGAGAAAAAACAAUAUUGAGGAGGUUGCAACAGGGUGAUGUCGUGGCACUGAUCAGUGAUGCCGGGUCACCAGGUAUCAGUGACCCUGGUACAGAACUGGUAAAGUUAUGUAUAAAUGAGAAAAUUCCUGUUAUUCCUAUCCCUGGGCCUUCUGCUUGUAUAGCAGCUCUGUCUGCCUCGGGUUUGGACACUGAUGGAUUUAAAUUUGUUGGAUUUCUUCCUAAGCAAGCUAGAUCAAGAAGAGAGAAACUGCAGGUUUGUGCUGAUGAAACUGCAACACAGAUAUUCUUUGUUCCUCCACACAAGCUUCAUCAAUUUCUUGAAGAAACCUCUUCAUUCUUCAGUGACUCAAGACAAUGUGUCAUAGCUCGAGAGAUCACAAAACUUCAUGAAGAGUUUUGGCAGGGCACUUUAGGGGAAGCAAAAGCGGCAUUCUCAACUCACCAACCAAAGGGAGAAAUCACACUCUUGAUUGAAGGAAAGGCUAAAUCAAUUGUUGAAGCUCCAUCAGAAGCUCAACUGGAGUGUGAACUGAGAGAUCUGAUCUCCCAUGGCCAUAGCCUUUCCACGGCAGUGAAAUUGGUAUCUGAGGGAACAUCAGUCAAAAGAAAAACAAUAUAUUCUCUUGCACUGAGGAAAUUUGGAAAGCCAGUUGAGGCAGAGGAUGACUCAAAUCAAGAUAAUUGACUUGUUUGCGUGAGUACGUGAGACCAGAUUACUGGUCUAUUUUAAAUCAUUUGCCAGAAGGUUUCUUGGCCACGCAAGAAUUGCCAAUAUGAUCCAAACCAUGGAGACCAGUAUGCGGAUUUAGGGAGGUCAUGAAGUCUACUAAUUUUUUAUUCCAGAAUUCCAAACUGCAUUAAUCUGGAAAAUGCAUGUUUGUAUUAUUACAUGGAUUUUUUUUCCUUCUUGUACAUGAUCCAGCUUCCUUACCAUUGUAUGAUUCCUAUAGAAAAGCUUGCAGCUGCAUGUCCUGCCAAAUGAGUGUCUUGUCAGUAGAAAUGAUGCCUUCGUUUUUGACGUGUUAAACACUCUUGGAUGUAUCCUUACCGAAAAAACACCUCUCGGAUGUAUCAACUAAUGAUUCUUUAACAACGUUUGUAUGAAUGUUUGGGCUUGA